GACCGUCGCCGCGUUUGACACUAAGUUUCCAGUAAUAUUGCCGAAAGCCCAUCCAGUGACUAGACUGCUGGUUGAAUGGUACCACCAACGAUUUCUUCACGCCAAUGGCGAGACUGUCGUGAACGAAGUGAGACAGCGUUUCCACAUAUCGCAGCUGCGCCCGUUCGUGCGUAAGGUGGCUAAAGAGUGCGCUUUGUGUAAAGUCAAGAAGCCAAGUCUGGCGACACCCCGAAUGGCUCCACUCCCGGCGGCCAGGUUGCAGGCGUACGUACGUCCAUUUUCCUACGUAGGCGUCGACUAUUUCGGGCCGAUCGGCGUGCGGGUGAACCGAAGUAUUGCAAAACGAUGGGUAGCUCUGUUCACGUGUAUGACCACACGAGCAAUCCAUCUCGAAGUCGCUCACACACUUUCAACGGAAUCUUGCAAGAUGGCGAUCAGGCGUUUCAUCGGACGCAGAGGAGCACCUGUGGAGAUCCGCAGCGACAGGGGCACAAAUUUCGUGGGAUCGAGCAACGAACUUAAGCAGGAGAUGGGCAAAAUCGAGCGCCAGCUUGCCGAAACGUUCACCAACGCGAACACGAAAUGGGUGUUUAACCCACCUGGAUCACCUCACAUGGGUGGCGCCUGGGAGCGUCUAGUGCGGUCGGUGAAAACCGCUCUUGCUGCAAUGGAGUCUUCUCGAACGCCGAACGAAGAAACGCUGGCAACGUUGCUAGUGGAAGCUGAGAGUGUGGUCAAUUCGAGACCGCUAACAUAUAUUCCUCUGGAGACGGCGCAACAGGAGGCUCUAACACCGAACCACUUUCUUCUAAUGAGCUCGAGCGGCGUAACGCAGACUCCGAAGACGCUUACGGAUCCAAGACAAGCCUGCAGGAACGACUGGAAUCUAUGCCGUACAAUGGUAGAUCAGUUUUGGCGCCGGUGGGUGCGGGAAUAUCUUCCUACCAUCGCACGUCGUACCAAGUGGUUUGAGGAGACGAAACCGAUCGAUGUAGGAGAUUUGGUGAUCAUCGUGGAGGAGAAGAUACGCAACGGAUGGAUUCGAGGACGUGUAGCCAAGGUCGUGGUGGGCCGAGAUGGGCGAGUUCGCGAUGCCGUGGUGCAGACUCCCGACGGAAUGGUGCAUCGACCUGUAGCAAAGCUGGCGCGGAUCGACAUAGAAAAGGUGGGGCUUCAGCCGGGAACAGCAGAAGGUAAAGCUAAACCGGAGAUAGCUAACCAGCCUUACGGGUCGGGGAGUGUUACGGUAUGUCCCGCUGACCCCUUCCAACUCCACGGUCGACCACCUGUCGGUGGACAAUUUUGAUGUAGUGAGGACCAUUUGAAAUGGAAGGAUAGGAAAAGGGAAGAAGGACCGUUUGAAAUGGAAGGAUAGAAAAAGGAAAAAAGGAUCGUUUGAAAUGGUAGGAUAGAAAAACGUAGAGAUGAGAGAAAGGUAUAAGAAAAAAGAAUAGAUAGAAAUUGUUGGAAGUUUAAGUAAAUAGAACGUUGAAUUCGUGAAGAUAUAAGCAAACAUUUAUUUCCGUGCCGGAAGGCCAAGAAACGCACUCAACCGUUCGAAUUGUGCACGAUUGAGGUUAGGUGAUACGUGACUUGCGUAUUGCCCUGUAAUCUAGCCGUAAUUG